AUGGAGUUUAUUGCUUACACGAUGGGUCAACUAGGCAUCUCAGAUCGUCGUGGAGUACCUCGAGGUGGCCGCGGCAGGUCAAGAUCACCUCCAAUGAUUGACCGCUACCAGCCAGGAUCUCGAGGCCGAGAUGAGUACUACGAGAAUGGGCGAGACCAUCCUCGCGGCCGAGACGACCGUCGGCGCCAGGCAUCCCCUCCGAUGAUCGAUCGCUAUGUACCUGGCGAAACACCACAGCCUAUAAUCAGAACGAACCCUUUGCCCGAUCCCUUGAUAAAUCUAGAUUUUCAAGUUGGCUUCAAUUGGUUUGCAGAGUGGUGGCGAAUGGAACAAUUGAUUAAAGAGGACAGGGAACGGGCAAAGGAUGGUGGUAGAAGACCGCCAGAUCGAGCAAUCAAGGGGGAACGCGAAUCGAAGGAGGAGCGAGAGAAAGAACGCGCGCAGAUUCAAGCCGCCUACGACUCCUACAAGGAAGACCUCCAAAUCAAAAUGGCUAGGAUGUUUGUGCAAUUACACAAAGACGAAGAGUGGUUCAAGGAACGGUACUUGCCAGAGUAUUGGGAGGACUUCAAAAGACGUGUUACGGACUUCCGUCGGCAGGCCUUGAUACAAUGGGACAAAGACAUGGAUACGGGCUAUUUCGAUGAAUUCUCACUGGAAGGUAUCUACAAGACAGAAAGCGAUGGCAUGGGUGGUGUCAUUGAGAAGGAAGAAGGAGAGACGGUUGGAGCUACAGAAGUACUCGGCGUAGGAGAUCUUGUGCCAAGCAGAGGCGGAGAUAUAAGAGAUGAAACCACAUUACAACCUGCGCUGCUCAUCAAGACUCUCGCGCCUAUGGUUAGUCGUGCCAAAAUUGAAGAGCUCUGUCGAGAGCAUCUAGGUGAAGGCGAUGGUGGCUUCAAGUGGCUGAGCCUCAGCGAUCCUAACCCGCAGAAAAAGUGCCAUCGUAUUGGUUGGAUUAUGCUCAAUCCCAGCUCAGACGAAUCUGACGCUACAGAAAGAGGAGAUGGUCGAGAGGAUGGGGAGGAAGACAUGGACGUUGAGGCCAAGCCUUCUGCAGGUAUUGCAGAUAAAGCGUUAGAGGUUAUGAAUGGGAAGACUAUCGAGGAUGAAGCAAGAGGCAAUUUCACAUGUCAUGUUGGAGUUCACGCGCCUCCUCGUGAACCUCGGAAAAAGGCUUUGUGGGAUCUCUUUUCGGCACCAGAACGUGUCGACAGGGAUUUAGAGCUCGCGAAACGUUUAGUCUCAAAGUUUGAUCUGGACUUCGGUUCUGACGCCGAUGGAGUUGCAAAGGUUGAAGAACGAGUAGAAAAGAUACAUGCUCAAGGGGCGCUUCGCUCUGCUGUGGGUUCGUCCUCUGGAGUGAAAAAGGACAAAGCUGAAGACGAAGAUAUGGGAGAGGAAGGUGAAGAGGGUGAGGAAUCCGAGGAAGAAGAUGAUGACACAGAUAACGAGGAGCUUCUGAUCAAAAAGAAGACGCUCGAUCUACUGAUUGAGUACCUUCGACGUGUCUUCAAUUUUUGCUUCUUCUGUGUUUUCGAGAGCGACUCUGUGCAUGAGCUUGUACGGAAGUGCCCUGGGGGCCACUUACGACGUCCUCGAGCGAGUCUGUCGACUUCUGCCAAGAAGGCUGCCAAAGCCAGUGCGUAUGGUGAACCUUUUCCAUUGAAACGCAGGGAGGCUGGUGAAGAUAGUGAAGAAGCUGGUUCUCCUGUGGCCGAAAAAUUUAAAGAUAGAAGCAAUUUCAAAGCGGAACAGCAGCUCCAGCGUGCUUUCAAUUGGGUGAAGACAUUCGAGGAAAAGAUACUACAGAUCCUGGAGCCGGAGAAUGUCGACGUAAAGAAGCUUGGUGGAAAGCCCAUCGAUGAAGCUCUCGAUGAAGAACUUUCGAAAUUUGUGAAGAAAGAAGACGAGAACAAGUUUAGGUGUAAAGUUCCUGAAUGCACGAAGCUUUUCAAGGGCGAUAAUUUCUGGCGCAAGCAUGUUGAGAAGCGUCACGCCGAGUGGUUUGAGGAGAUCAGGAAAAGUCAACGGUCACUUCCCCCUCUCAAACCAAGCACCCACAUCAGGAACCCCCGUGGCUUCAACCUCCAAAGCAUACCCGGCAUGAUGCCCGGCUUUCCCGGUGGAUUCCAACCAAACGGCCAACCAUUCACACCCUUCGCCCAAUUCGGCAAUCACACUGUUCAAGCUCCCCAAUGGAAUGGCAUGGGCCCUGGCAUGAUGCCCAAUGGUGACGAUUUAUCCCACCAAGCCGGCCCUAUGCGUCGUGGUGGCGGCCGCUUCAGCAAUGGAGGCAUGCGCUCUUCUGGACCCUAUGAUCGGCGGCAGCAGCCGAGGUUCAAUCCAGGCGGUCCUAUGAUGAUGCCAAAUGGAAAUCCCAUGGGUAUGGGAAUGGGAAUGGGACGACGACCUCCGUAUGUAAAUCCGGGAGGGAAAUGGGGUGAUGGCGCCGGAGCCCAGACAGUUGGGCCAAGAGAGGCUGUCAUGGGCAGGAGUCUCAAGAAAUACGACGAUCUUGAUGCCGUGGAAGGAGGUGCAGGACCGGGAGGGUCUGGGGGCGGUGAGCUGAACUACUGA